AUGUGCACACCCGGACACCCGUACGGGUGCCGGAUAUCGGCCCUCUCAUCCCCGGACCGUCAGCUGCUGGCGCACUGCGCGCCCACGUUUGCGCUGGCCUCACCGUCGUACCAUCAGCCCGCUGGCCCGGGCGACGAUCCGCCCGGUGUGGAGGACAGCGACAUCGAUGGUCACCCAUCCUGCCCACCGGAGCUGCUGCUCUAUCAACACUAUCAACAGUCACCGCACUACUCAACCACCAUGCCAGCCUGCGUCCCCUCCGGGCUAAUGGGUGCCCAUCAAUCGGCCCUCGGCAUUACGGGAGUUCCAUUUGUGACCGAGUUUUAUCCCUAUCCUGCGUCCGGUUACGGGCUGACCGACGGCUGCCCAGUUGUCACGCCCGGGACCUGCGAUGGGCCACCGAUGGUGGCGCCCACGCUUGAUCUCACCAUGUACGACACCUCCCGGGUGGAGGGCCUAGACGGUGCACCGGUCCAGGCUCACGGCGGCGGAGACCCGGAGUUGCACUCGGGACACCAAGGCCCGGGCGGCGACAGCACCUACAGUGAUAGCCCCCCCAGCAGCACCACCGACGGGUACUUCUCCGAUGGGUGUCCGGUGUCCUUGGGUAACGAUCACAGCUGCAGCAGCAAAGGACACCCGACGGAGGAGGACCCGCUGCUAGUGGCGGCUGCCUGUGCUGGCGUACAGCACGACGCGGCGCUCCACAGCACGUCUGACAUCCGGCAACCAGUGACCGAACAGGGCGACCAAUCUGCCGCGGCUUUCUUCCUGGACCGACACGAAACGGGUUGCAGCGAAAGGGUGACGGGCACCAGCAGCUACUCGCACCAGCAGCUUCCGUUCGAGAUCAACGAUCUAGGGCCGAUCAACAAUCGAAAAGCGCGUACGGCGUUCACCAAACUUCAGAUCAAAGCGCUGGAGGAAGAGUUUGCACACUCGAACUACUUGACAAGGCUGCGCCGUUACGAGAUCGCCGUAGCGUUAGUGUUGAGCGAACGUCAGGUUAAGGUGUGGUUCCAGAAUCGUCGCAUGAAGUGGAAACGGCUCAGAGCGUCGGAGGAUGAGCUGCACGUUCAAUCGGUGUAA